AUGUCGAUGCUGUUGAUCCAGUUCGGUUUCUUCUCGCAUGAAGAUGAUCGGCCACGAGCUGCUAGCGUUCGCGGAAACCUGAGUGGUUUCAUCCGGCUACGUGUGGCAAUUCACACGAAGCGGGCAGUGAUGGAGAUCGCAGGUGAGAAAGGCUCAGCGAAGGUACAGCUCUUCCCUUCGGAGAUUGGAACUUCUGAGGAUGCUACCUUGGCAAUGAACCUCAUUGCCGUAGUUCCAGUGGGCCCGCAGGGAGCUGAAUGGGCCUCCAAAGUGGAGAGGCAAACAAGAGCGGCGACUGGUGUGGAGGGUUGGAUCCUGGCUUGCCCUUCGGACAAAUCACACAAUGUGCUGGAAAAGAUCACCGAUGCCGGUGGGGUUCGAUCAGGUAUUCAAGCCCAGUAUCACUUGUUUCUUCAGGGGAAGCACGGUUUGGGUGCCUUUGGCUUUGUGGUUUGCGCUUCCGAGCAGCUCUCCGACAAGAUAGUUGCCGUGAAGAGCAUCAAGCUGCAGGUGGACCCGCAGGUGAUUUUCAACGAAGUUGCAAUGUUGAGGGCGGCGCAAGGCCAUCCCAACAUCGUUCGAUUCCGUGGCCUGUGGGCAGAUCCGACAUCGGCUGAGCAGUCUAAGGGCGGCAGGCAGUGGUACAUGGUCAUGGACUACUUCAAGGGCGACUUGUACGAUCGAAUCGUGGAGGGCAGAAGGCUCCGAGAGAAGGAAUGCGUUCCAAUCCUUCACAGUGUGCUCGCGUCGAUAACUUUCCUUCACAAGCGAGGUAUUUUCCACAGGGACAUCAAGCCCGAGAAUCUGCUUAUUGAGACGGCUGCAAAAGUUGUCUUGACAGAUUUCGGGAUUGCGUGCCUGGUCACGAACGAGGCCGAGUUGAAGCGCAAGGUUGGAACAGUCGGCUAUGCUGCACCCGAGAUGUUGGCGGGCAUGGCAACCGGUUUUGAAGGUGACGAGUUCGGAGCAGGUAUCGUGCUGUACUUCAUGCUCUCGAAGUCCACGCCCUUCCUGGCGCCCACGCCCGCCAUGACCAUCGAGAAAACGAUGGAAGGGAAGGUGAACAUGGCCUAUCAGUGCUUUGACCACAUCAGUGAGAACUGCCGCAACAUGAUCAACGGUCUUGUCUGCAAGGACGUUGCCACACGCAUCAAAGCACAUGAUGCUCUGAAGACGACCUUCUUGGCGGCGCGUGCAAGCUUGACCGAGCCUGUUCUGGACUGCUCUGUCAUGUUGAAGCCAAAGGGGUCCAACCAGGGAAGCCUUUUUACCAUCGCCGAGAAAGCAGACAAAAUGGGGUCAACAACCCAGGGCAACCUACCUGCAAUGCGCCAGCUGUGA